GAUGAAUAAGGAAAUCAUGUCCCGUGUGGUGAGGAAGCGACAGGCGGAUCCGAAGGUGGUCCAGUUCGUGUGGGAGGCCAUCGAAGUCAUACGUAACCAGAAACAAAUCGCAAACAUGGACAGGAUCUCCAAAUACCUGAGCCGAGUGUUUGGGAUGCAUCCAAAGGAGACCGCCAGACAGUUGAGCCUGGCGGUGAAGGACGGCCUGGUGGUGGAAACCCUCACUGUCGGCUGCAAAGGCUCCAAGGCCGGCAUCGAGCAGGAGGGCUACUGGCUGCCUGGAGACGAGAUGGAGCCGAAAGCCGAGGGAAGCAAGGACUGGGAGACGGAGAGCCACGACUGGUACUGCUUCGACUGUCACCUACCAGGCGACGUCCUCCCCUGUGACAACUGCUUCCGGGUUUACCACAUCAAAUGUCUGCCAGAGGAAUGUAAGCCCAGAGACGGAGGCUCCCACUGGCAGUGCGUCGUGUGCAGGGGGAGUAAAAAGAAGAACCUGAACAAACAGGAAAUGUGUAAAUAUCUGCGCUUCAUCGUCCAACGGAUGAAGGAGAGGGCAGUGGACCUGAACAAAAAGGGCAAAGACACUAAACACCCCAUGUACAAACGGCUGAUCCACACCGCACUGGACGUCUCCAACAUCCAAGAGAACCUGACUGAAGGAAAAUAUAGAAGCUUUGAGGAGUUCAAGGCUGAUGCUCAGAUGAUUGUUCAUAACACUGCCAUCCUGUAUGGAGUCCACAGCGACCAGGCAGAGAUUGCACGGCUGCUCUUCAGUGACACAUGCCAUGAGUUGAAUGAGUUGUUGUUGUGUAAGAACUGUUUCUACUUGUCGAACGCCCGUCCUGAAAACUGGUUCUGUUAUCCCUGUACUCCGAGCCACGACCUGGUCUGGGCAAAGAUGAAGGGUUUUGGUUACUGGCCGGCCAAAGUCCUGCAGAGGGAAGACAACCAAGUGGAUGUACGCUUCUUUGGACACCAGCACCAGAGAGCUUGGAUUCCUUCAGAGAAUAUCCAGGACAUCAAGGUGAGCGUCCAACAACUGCAGGUGAAACGCAGCAGCGGCUGGAAGAAGGCGUGCGAGGAGCUGGAGGUGUACCAGCGCUUUCUGAGGGAGGGUCGAUUCUGGAAAACAAAGAUGGAAGACGGCUCUCAGCCACAUCAACAGAGCCAGCGGCAGCAGCGGGAAGAGGAGGAGGAAGAGGAAGAAGAAGAAGAGGAGGAGGAAGCCAGCACAAGGCCGGAACGGAGACCGGAGAGGACGGAUGAAGCUGAGUCCAGCAUCUCCUCCACCAGCAAUGAGCAGAUCCGCCAUAUGAAAAGCAGCCAGGAGCCCAAAGCCAAGAAAAGCCGCAGGACUCUAAUUGUUGAACCCAAAGAAGAAGUCAGUGAACCAGAGCCAGAGAUGGAGGCGGUCAGCUCCAGCCAGGAGAUCCCGGUGUCGUCAGCCCCCCAGCAGCCUGAGAAGCUGUCUGUGUCCACGCAGACCAAGAAGGCCAGCGGAGGCUCGCCACGCAUGCUGCACCGCGGCACCCAGACCAACAGCGACGUCGCCUGCCAGAACAUGUGCCACGAGAAAUACACCAAGGUCUUCAAUGACGUCAAGGAGAUGAUGAAGGCGGACAACAAGAGAGAGACGGAGCGAGUCGUCAGAGAAGCUCUGGAGAAGCUUCGAACAGAGAUGGAGGAGGAGAAACGGCAGGCGGUGAGCAAGGCGGUGGCCGGAGUUCAGGCCGAGAUGGAGAGAAAGUGCAAACAGGUGAAGGACAAAUGUAAAGAGGAGCUGGUGGAGGAGGUGAAGAAGCUGGUGGCCCAACACAAACAGCUCAUCUCCCAGACCAAGAAGAAGCAGUGGUGUUAUAACUGUGAAGAGGAGGCCAUGUACCACUGCUGCUGGAACACCUCGUACUGCUCCAUCAAGUGUCAGCAGGAGCACUGGCACGCGGACCACAAACGAACCUGCCGCAGGAAGAGAUGAGCAAGCCCCGCCCUCUGCACCUCAUUGGCUGUCAGCCUCUUCUCCUUUCAGUCAGUCAACACACACGUUUCUCCCCGGUGUUCCUUUUUUCGCCUUCCUGGAAGCUCUUAUGAACGAACAUUUUACUGCGUUGCGAGUGUUUUGCUCCUGUUUCGGUUCUGUUAUUUAACGUGUUUUUCGUUUUUUUUUUUUUCCUUCCUCCUGAAUCGUAAACGGCUUUCUGAGGAGCGUAGCUCGUCUGCAGAGUUAUGGUCCAACUGUCCCGCUUUUGUUUGUUUUCUUCAAUGAGAUGCUGAUGUUGUGUCAGAAGAUGUUAUUUAAAUCUGUAGGAACAUGUAAGCAUUAACAGAAAACAUUUUAUUUCCAAAAUUUAAAAAGAAAAAGGAAUUUUUUUUUUUCUUUUUACUAUAAAUGUAUAAAACAGGCCAGGAAUAUUUCAAACAAACUGCAGUUGGAAGAAGCUCUGCUUUCAUUUAGAAAAACCAUCUGUAGCAUUAUGAGCUGGUGAUGUUCAGGCUUACAGACUUUUAAGUCAUUUUAGGUCAUUUUUUCUUUUUUUUUAUUAUAUGAUAUAAAUUUAUACAGGUGGAUGCACCUUUUUAACAUGUCUAAUAAUAUUUUUUUGUCCUGAAUCAUUCAUUGGGAACAGGGUCAAAAUGUUGACUUUAGAGUUGACGAGUAAAUCUUCCAUUUACUAUAAAGGAUGUGGUUUUGCACCUGUUUGGGUUCUCUGUGGACUAGACUGUUUUUAUACUUUUCAAAUUAAAGGAAAGGUUUAUAAAUUGCUCUAAAUUUGGGAAAAAGUUUAAUUCUCUUGAGCUAAAUCUUAGAAAAGUGUAAUAUUUCAUAGUUUUAUCCACAUUUCAUCUUCUAAUGAUCCAAAAAGUGUGUAUCAUUGCCAAAAAAUUGCCUCCCCUUCAGUUGUCAAACCGACCUGAGAAGAUCUGGCUCGUUACCGGGACGAUCAAAGCUGAUGUAUAGUUUUCUCAGCAUCUUUUUUUGUCCUCAGAGUUCAUCCUUCCUUCUGUGAUCUAAAGUGUCUAGUUUGAGAGGGUUUUUUUCUCUGCGUUCUGCUGUUGUUGGUGGUCAGUGCCUGUUUUUCUUCCUCCAUCUUCCCAGUGAGGCAGCAUGCAUGUCGAUGUCUUUUUGUUUUUUGUUUCUUAAGUCAUCGUGCUAAAAGAAGACGACCAGAAGCUCUCUGUUGUAAAGAGGUAUCGAACAUAAUGAAACUUUAUGCAAAAAUCAGCUUUUUAAAACAUUUCCCCUGAGCUGGAUGUCAAGUGUUGGUGUUUCAAUUUGAGAAAAGAGGUGAUAAAAUUGCUGGUUUGUGAUAUAUUUUCCUUUUAACCAUUUUUCUGAGAGAUAAUCAAAAGAAAAAAAAAUCAGUUCUCUUUAUGUUUUAAAUGUUUCGUUUUUCACACAAAGAUCAAUUCAUGUUUUUCAGCAUUCAAUAAAGUGAAACAUUAAAUGUUUGCAUUGUGGGCCGGUUUAUAUUCAGCACAUUUGAUCUUUUUUGCUUUUUUCCCCUGUGAUAUUAAUAUAAAAAAAUCCUCCCUGAUGCAAAUUAUCAAAUCCAGUUAUGAAAACUGAGUAGAAGGUUAUUCUGGUUGUAUGGAUUCCAUGAAAAGUGGUUCAUUCUUGACUUUGAGAAACAACCUGUUCAGGUUUGUUUUCAAAUUUAGUUUUUUAUCCUUUGAACAUCUGGUCAAAGUUCUCUGCAGGCUUUGAAAAAGUCCAGCUUGUUUUUCAUCAUUGCACUACAUGUAAAUACACCCUUCAGCCAGUAUAUCCCAGCUUUUCUGUUCAACGCACAUUUCACAAAUGAAUUUGUUUUAUUCAAAGAUCUUGAGGACUGUUCGUUCAACUUUUGUACAAUGUACAACGUUUGUCAUAUCAGCUGGUUGUGUUUGUUUAUCCUGAAUUUGGUUUUAUUUCAUACACCUUGCAAGUUUUCCGCUUUUUUUUUUUUUCCAGAAAGAUGUAGCCUGUCCUUCCAAACUCACACAGUUUGCUGAUGACACUUUUAUUUUUGUUUUACACAUCAGCUCCAACUUGUUUUCCCUCUGUUAUUGUUUUUAUAUUCAACCACCCAGCUGUAACAUUUAGUUUUUUACUUUUUUCAUACAUGUUUGUAACUUUUUAAAUGGCAUUUUGUUGGGUUUUUUUAAUCGUUGCAUGAAAUCCUAUAUUUGGACCUCCAGCUCCAAUCUUUUUUCUUUUUCCUCCCUAAAAUUAAGAGAAGAUGUUUUUGCACUCAUCUGAGAAAUGCAGUAAAAAAGUUUUUUUUGGUUUGUUUUUUACCAAGAAAAUAUAGAGGCCGUUUUGAUCCUGAAGAAGCGAGUGGUUUGAUCCGGACUUUACCUGCUCUUAUUCCAGGGUAUUUCUGUAUAUAUUACUGUGUGAUUACUACGUGAAUCCUCGUUGUACUCAAAGUACAAACACCAGGAAUAAAAUCAGUGUGACGUCUCCUUUGUUCUUUGCUUCUUGUAGGUCAUGAUCCCGUUUCUGUCCUCAUGUAGACGAUCAUUAACCAAGGCAAUGUUUUUUAUGCUCCCAACACUUUAGCUAGCAAUAUGUAUAUAAAUAUAUUCUAUGUGCUAACAUGGGGGAAAUAAAUGUAUCAACAAGACUGUG